UACGGAGUGUAGAACAUGACACCAAGCACAACAAAUCAAACCUUCAAAUCCUCACCUUUUCUUCGUUGAAAUCCUGAUGAGGUAUUUAUUUACUGGAAUAAGCUACUCGCAUACUUGCUGUCUUCAUUCAACCCUCUUCGGGUAUCAAUGUCCCGGAAACAAACGCAGAUUUAUCAUUGAAUUCUUUAUUUUGAUGUUGACGAUUUUUUUUCUAGGGCCCUAUUCAAAGGGCAAAGUUAUCUUUUUUUCUGUGGUAAACGAUUUAUUUGUAUUGUUUUUAUUCAACAUGUUUCCAUAAUGAUAAAGUAAAAAUAAGUGCGUUGAAUAUUAUGGGAAUAGAAUGAUCGUAAUUCAACAAAACUCAUUUGAAGUUGUUUGACGUGAAAUACACUGAUAUGAAAUUUUGAUAUGAAUUGUCUAGCUGAAAUGUAAUACGAUUAAACUGACCGGAGUACAGAUCGAUUUGCAAUUAAAUUGCUAUAGCACUGAGAAGCUUAAGUGGAUUUGAUCGUUGUAUUGAAUUGAAAACAGCUAAAGUGACAUGGAAGUUUGAUUUUUUUUUCAAGUUUUGAUUAUUAUAUAUAAAGGAUCCAAAUGCUUUGUUUCGUUUAUUUCAGUCUGAUUCAUCUACUUUUUAUAUCCAAAUCUCCUAUCGAACUUAUAUGAUAGGCUUUAAGUUUCAUAUGAUUUAUAAGCACAAAUGAAAAAAAAAUUCCAGUGACACAAGAAUUAUCACAAAACACUUCAUUAAGUAUUCGAGGCAGACGAAUUUAUAGGCUUCAUAAUUAUAGAUAACUAGGUAAAAUCGUAUAUUUUUUCAAGUAAACGAGUCCAAUACAUGUAUAGGAAUACUGAUCUUGAUAAUUUCGUUUUCCGUAAACAUAUUACGAAGACUGAUGCAUUUAGGUGGCCAUUCAACAAGGUUGAUGCAUUACAAUUAUACAAUUAAUAACAUUAUACAAUAAAUCGGAUAUUUUUAAAGUUAAGUUGUGAAAUGAACUAUUUUUAUUUGCAUUUAAAUUAGUAUUUGAUUUAUGCAUGACGGAGUUCGGUAUUACUGGCCCCAUUGCUCGGAAAGCUUAAGUUUUGAUCAAACUUAAUAAGUGCCUUAUUCUAAUAAUAUUUUUUUUAAUUGACAUCAACUGACAAUUUUGACUAAAUAUGCUUGAAACGCAAGAAAAUCUUACAAAAAUAGCUUUCGUAUUAUUCCACACUAUAUUUGCAUUAUUGUUUAUAAGAUGUGGCGGUACAAUUAUCAGUAGCAUUGAAGGAGAGAGAAUUGAGAUGGAUUUUCCUUAUCCAUGUAACAUAUCAUCCAGAGUAACAUUUCAGUACGGUAACCGAGCCCCUUAUUACAACUCAGCAAAUCCUGGUUCGAUGUCAUUGCCUUCCAAUCAAAAUCUAACUUUCGAUACUGAAAGUGAUAAUAACGAAUGCUCCCUGCAUCUGAUCAUAAAUCCGGUAUCAAGAGACGAUGCAGGCACUUAUAUUCUUACAGCUUACAACGCAAACAAUCAGUAUAUAUAUGAUGAAAGGGUUGGCCUAAGGGUUAGCUAUCCUCCUGGAAAGGCAAAGUGUGAUUCAAGUGAGAUGUAUAUCGAUGGCGAGUGGAUAACAAUACAAUGUUCAGCUCCUGUUGGGAACGUGCCCGGUCACAUAUUGUGCUAUCAAACUGGCAUGAGGCUUCCACCGUUGACCUCACCGGAAGUCAUUAGCGGAAGGUUGCGUCAGGUGAUGUUAGCCAGACUGCCAGAACUUGUGUAUUGCUGUUCGUCCACCACGCAAGAGGUUAAAGGAAGAUGUGACUGUAAGGACACUAGCUGGAAUCCCAUCCGAAGUGAUGAAUCAAAUGUCACUGAUCCCUGCCCUAUCAUAACCUCGACGGCAACCACACCGCUAUCACACACUGCAACUUUCCCAACGACCGAAGGAGACAACACCGUCCGCCCUACAACAACAGCAAGAGCAAAUGACUUCAAAAGUGAUAAGCAUUUUGAUUAUUUUAUAACUUUGUUAGUUUUAAUUGUCAUUUUAUUAGUUCUCACAUGUUGCAUGUUUGCAUAUAUUCUUUAUUCACGAUAUAAAGGCAUGGAUCAUCGAUAUAUUGAUAAUGCAGAAAGGAUGAGUCAUUUGACAGAUAUAGAACAACAUGAACAAGAUACCCCUUUACAAGGUAGUCCAACUGACGAAGAUUAAACCAUAGAGGUAUUAAACAUGUUAAAGUUCACCUAUAUAAGUGACUUCUUUGAAUAACACUUCGAAUGUGUCUAUGAUCAACAGUAUGAGGGGCACGCUACAAGAGUCCUCGACUCGCACCCUCGGGAAACGUGUCUUACAGACUGUACACGGCAGGUUGUAGUAACAAAGACAAAGAAACUAUACAUCAAUAUAGU